AUGCCACCCUACAGCCAGCUCAUCCGCAUCGUUCGCCUCUCCUCGGCCGUGGCCUCCUCUGCCGUACCUCACGACUGCGACACCUCCUCCAUCACCUUGACCGUCGAGACUCGAGCUCAGCCCAUCGGCCAGUGGCCUCAACUUCCCAAGAUAAGCCUGGCCGACGACACGGUCAACCUCCGCCAUCGAGAGAUUGCUCUGCAGACCCGGGACUUGUCCCAUCCAACUGCCACGCUUACCAUGGACACAUUACUAACUGCCGAGAUCGCGGCCAACGCCCCGCGAUACCGUCGCAAGAGCUCUACCUUUAUUGACGGCAUUCAUGAUGUGGCCGAGAAUGACAACUUGGCACCCGCCCAGCUGUACAGCACCAUGUCCGGCAGGCUCUUUCACUCGGGGCGUAUCGCCAUCGUCAUGGUCGGGCCCCCAGCUCGCGGCAAGACCCACAUCUGCGUCUCCAUGGCCCGCUAUCUGCAAUGGCUAGGCGUCAAGACGCGUAUCUUUCAUCUCGGCGACUACCGGCGGGCCACCAUCGGCCCAGAAGGUGCAGUCCCCGAGGACUACUUCUUCCCCGAUGCUUCUCCGUCCUCUGUCAUUCUCCGUCAGAAAAUCCUGAAAAAGUGCCGAGAAGACAUUUACGCCUGGCUCAAUCACGAAAACGGCCAGGUGGCAAUAUACGAUGCCGUGAACCCAACGGCCAGUGGUCGCCGAUCUCUUGCCAAGGAGCUGGGCAAACACGAUGUUCAGACGCUAUUCAUUGAAUCAUUUGUGGAUGACGAGCGGAUUCUCCGCGAGAACGCCAGAAAUGUCAAGAUUUCGUCUCCAGAUUUCGCGGGCAUGGACCCGGACGAAGCCGCCAAACUGUACCUCAAAAGGAUUGAAAUGCGGAUCCCCGUGUUCGAAACCAUGGACGAAGCAGAACUCAACUACAUCAAGAUGAUCAACGCAGGCGCCAAAUUCUUCUACAACAACGUCAGCUUCAACUACCUCUCCCACAGGAUCGUCUUCUACCUCACCAACCUGCACAUCAAGUCGAGGACUACCCUCUUCGUCCGCGCCGGCACCACGGAGGAGGAGGACUCCUACAAGGCCGACGCGCCGCUGUCCGAGCUGGGCAAGGCAUACGCCGAGACAAUGUCCGAGACGCUCCUCCGGCACCGCCAACAAGAACACGCAGAGAGCACCGAGAGGGGCGAGGGCCAGCAGGUUCCCCUGAGGCCCCUGACGGUGUGGACGUCGACGCGAAUGCGGACGGUCCAGACGGCCGACUACCUCAAGCAAAAGGGCUACAAGGUCCGCCUGCGCUCGCAAAUGAGCCAGAUCAACCCCGGCGUCUGCGAGAACCUGCCGGAGCACAUGAUUCGCAAGAUGUACCCCGAGGAAGCUGAGAAACGCGACCUGGAUCCAUAUCACCACCGGUAUCCCCGAGCAGAGUCCUACCAUGACCUCGCCGUGCGCCUCGAGCCAAUCAUCCUCGAGCUCGAGCGUGAACAAAACGAUCUGCUCAUCAUCGCGCACGAGUCUGUCCUCCGCGUCCUCUACGCCUACCUCAUGCACUGUUCGACCAUGGAAAUCCCCAACCUCAAGUUUCCACGUGACGAAAUCAUUGAGAUAAUCCCCGCUGCGUACCAAAACGAAGCCAAGCGCGUCCAUAUUCCCGGUCUUGAUCCCGAAUUGUUGCCCGGAUCCCCGGCUGUCAUGCAGACUCCGGUGCAAGGCAUCAGCAUCCCGAUUGGGGGAGCAGGCAGCAUCCCUGGCAGCGGUCAGAUGAGUCCCAUUGCAGGCGGCAUGAGCAGUCCCUCUGUGCCGUUGGAGCGGCCGCCGGAGAAGGUGAUCAACACGGCCAAGGACAUGGUAGCAGACAAGGUGGACGAUGAGGAUUAA